CUGGGACCGUUUCGUUUCUCUCUCCCUUCCGUCCGGUCUGAGGCAUCCCUCCUCCUCCUCCGACGGGACCGCGGAGGGCAGAAGAUGUGCGCGCGGCGGCGGCCUCUGAUUGGCCCGCAGGCCCGGGGCACGUUUCGGACUAACGGACCCGGUUCCGGGCUCCGGGAUCCGGGCUCUCCGGGGCUUUUUUUUUUUUCCCGGUCCCCACGGAAACCGGAGCCGGUGGAAGCUCAGAUCUGUGGAGCUCUGCUGCCCCCUGGUGGCCGGCAGAGGGAAGUGCAGCUGCAGUCGAAGCCCUGCCAGUCGCUUUGCUCGGAGUCGUACUCCAACUCCAUCCCGAUGCAGCGCACCCCCUCCAGCAGCAUGGGGGUGCCGUGGUGCCGGUCUGGGGGCGGAAAAAAAAACAGCACAGCUCCUCUCUGCCUGCUGCAGGUCGGGUUCCUGAAGACUCAGCACCGCUACGAGAUCGUGUUCACGCUGCCGGAGGUUUCUGGUCUGGGCCGGGACGUGUGCCCCGCCCCCGUCCCCAGCCCACACCUGAGGAUCACCGACAUCACGCCCGCGCCAGAGGGAGGCCUGAGGGUGAAGUGCGAGUACAUGGCCCUGCAGGAGGGGGUCCUCUGCGAGGAGGCGCUGCUGCUCAGCGAGACCAACGACGCCGUCUCCGUCAGGGUCAAAGUUCAGGCCCGGGUCAUGGGUGAGUUGGGCUAA